AUGGGUGUUCCAAAGUUCUUCCGCUACAUGAGCGAGCGUUAUCCUUGCUUGAGUGAGCUUCUGCGCGAAAAUCAGGUGCCAGAAUUCGACAACUUAUAUCUCGAUAUGAACGGUAUUAUACACAACUGUUCACAUCCCAACGAUGCGGAUGUUAAUUUUCGAAUUUCCGAGGAAAUGAUAUUCGAAGGCAUUUUUUUGUACGUGGAGUACCUUUUUAAAUUAAUCCGACCACAAAAAGUUUUCUUCAUCGCCGUCGAUGGGGUAGCUCCAAGAGCAAAAAUGAAUCAGCAACGGGGAAGACGAUUCCGCUCAGCCUUCGAAGCGCAGGAGUUGCUUAACAAAGCCAUAGCCAAAGGGGAAGCGGUUCCAUCGGACGAUAGAUUCGACAGUAAUUGCAUUACCCCUGGCACUGCCUUCAUGGUGCGGCUGCAAAAAGCACUAGAACACUUUAUUCAAGUGAAAAUUGCAACCGAUCUUCUAUGGAAAGCAUGCACCGUCAUCCUCAGCGGUCAUGAGACCCCCGGUGAGGGUGAACACAAAAUCAUGGAGUAUAUCCGACACGCAAAAGCGCAGCCGGGGUUUAAUCCCAAUUCACGACACUGCCUUUACGGUUUGGAUGCCGAUUUAAUUAUGCUUGGAUUGUGUACUCACGAACGGUACUUCUCGCUGCUCCGUGAGGAAGUAAAAUUUGGAAAAACAAACGAAAAAGCAACCGGCCUGAAGGAUAUUCGGUUCUACUUGUUGCAUCUCACGUUACUGAGCGAGUAUCUUGAGCUGGAAUUUGCAGGCAUCCGUGAUCGACUACGGUUUCCGUUCGAAGUACAAAAACUUAUCGACGAUUGGAUUCUGCUGGUUUAUUUGGUGGGGAACGAUUUCAUUCCGCACCUGCCACACUUGCAUAUCAAUGAAAACGCGCUACCUACAUUGUACAAUGCGUAUAUGGAUGUGUUACCUGAAAUGGAUGGAUACAUAAACGAAGGAGGAAUCCUGAACUUGCCGCGAUUACAACUCCUGAUGAAGCGAAUGUCAUCCUUCGAUCGCGAGGUGUUCUUAGAUCGCUAUACCGACCUCAAGUAUUUGGAAGCAAAAUGCGGCAAAGAUAACUUAGAUGCUUUCGAUGUAACUGCGGAAGAAAUUGCAGGCUCGGCCGAUAUGGAUAAAGAUUUGAUGGCACUUAUAAUGUCGACGGCAAUGCUCAACGCUGCAGAAGAUGAUGAAGAAGAUGCACCUGUUUCCAUCGAUGAUCUCGAGAAUGAUCCGGAGCUGUUUGAGAAAGAAUUUCAUAGCUACAAGCGGAACUAUUACAUGACUAAGAUGGGAUACGCAGACUUUACAGAAGAGGUGCGUGCGGAGCAGACCGAAUGCUACAUUCGAGCGCUUCAGUGGACUCUCCACUAUUAUUACCGUGGUGUGCAGUCGUGGUCGUGGUACUAUCCGCACCACUAUGCGCCUUUCAUAAGUGACAUUGACAAUUUCGCCGACCUCAAGCUUGACUACGAGUUAGCAAGCCCUUUCCUGCCAUUCCAGCAACUGCUGAGUGUGUUGCCCGCUGCGAGCAAGCAACAUUUGCCAGCUGCCUAUCAUCAACUAAUGACUGAUCCAGACAGUCCGGUGUACGAUUUCUAUCCCCCUGAAUUCAAUACCGAUUUGAAUGGCAAACAGCAGUCCUGGGAAGCGGUCGUGUUGAUUCCGUUCAUUGAUGAGAAGCGCUUGCUCAAGGCGAUGGGCCCAUGUGAUCAAUUUCUCACUGAUGAAGAAAAACGGCGAAACGUCCAUGGACCAAUGCUGCAAUAUCGGUACGACAGCAGACAAACCGAACCGUUGGAGGCUAAAUAUGGAUUUGCGCGUAUUGAUAUGUUGCCAGUAAGAAGGCAAGAAAUAUGGCGCGAUGAGCUGUACGUGGAUGAGCGCAAAUUGGUACUCGGCCCUUCUAAGGGGGCCAUUUGGCAUGGCUAUGCAAAAGGAUUCCCUACGUUCAAACAUUUGUCAUACCAUGGCGAGCUUAAGACGCUUCGUGUUAAGAUUUUCAAUUUUCCGUCUAAAAAUGACAGUAUGAUGGUUAUGUUGGACUCGACAGAAGAAAAUUCAUCUCCCGAUACGUCUGAGUUUGCGAAUAAAUUAUUAGGGCAAAUCGUUCACGUCAGUUGGCCUCAUCUAAUGGAGGCGAUAGUUGUGCGGGUCUCCGACCGAACAAAAACAUACGAACGCAAUAGCAAACCGCUUCAAACAGAUGAAAAAUCCUUUAACAUGUGGUGCGGAUCUAUUACCGAACAUAACAAAAAUCGCCUGGCGAUAGAUGUUGGACCGAUUCAAACGCUGGUCCAUGUUAGAAAUUCUAUUGGAACAGAAUACGUAUUGAAGGAUAAUGGAUUUAUAUUAAACAGGAUUUGGAACAACAUCGAAACAGCUUACCCCGCUCAGGCUAUUGUAAGGAGCUUGCAAGAUGUUAUGAAGAAACAAAAACCAUAUCUUUCGAUGAAUGAAAUGUUUCCGCAAGAAUCUACAGUAUUUAUGCGUGCAACAGAAUUCUACGGUAGCAUGGGAAAAGUGGCCGACGUUUCAGGCUCAACAAUGCGCGUGCAGGUUCGGUUUCUCGUAUACGAAGAGCCUAAUUUGCAAAACGUGUUUCAAGUAUACAAACAGUCGUGUUCAAGCUACCGCAACGCUAACGAUACUGCUGCCAUGCUAGGUAUAUCCGUAGGCCUGCUAUUGCAGCUGACCGGCUCCAUACUUGUUGCUCCGGGUGGUCACCGUGCGAUGAAUACGGACGAGCAAACUUUCAACAUUGGUUUGCGGUUACGGGCAGUAUCUAAGGACGAGGAAGCCGUAGGCUAUUGUCGCAAAAUCAACAAAACUUGGUUAUUUUCUGAUAAAACGGUAGCUCUUGUGCAAGAGUACGCUGCGCACUUUCCAAAUCUGUUCGAAAAGCUGGAAUGUUCUCGUAAAACAAACAUACAUUUUGAAACGGAUCUGUUUGGCGAGACAAGUAAAGGAAAAUUGCAGGAACUGCAAGACUGGCUCAAAAAGCAGGGCCACAUGAAUACCGAACGUCGUAGCUGUGGAAUCAUCAUGCUGGAUGAGAAGGCAAUAGAAACACUCGUAGACAUCAUAGAUGGUUAUCGAGACACUCACAAACCGAAAGUUCAAACGAUGUUUGUUGAUCCGAAAGAGCUGUAUCGACCCGGCAUGAAACAGGCGAAUGUUAUUGAUCCUGCCGCCACAUUUGAGCUGCUCGAUCGUGUAACCGUGGUGAAGGAAACGGAAAACGUACCCGUUGGUGCUCGCGGUACAAUCGUAGGAAUUCAUCGCGUAACCGAUCCGAACCCGGUGCGACGAGAAGCGAUCACUCAGGCGGAUAAGUAUUUUGAAAUUUUAUUUGACCAACCCUUCUGCAAAGGGGUGAAUAUUUAUAAUAUUCCCAGCACCGAGAAACGGGUGUUGCGUUUAGCGCAGAGCGAUGUUUUGAAUAUUUCGUAUGGGAAAAUGGCAGCAGGGCACCGGUACAAAAUACAACCCUCGGUUAAUAGUUCUAGCAGUCAACAGAGCGCCACAAUAACGGCAACAGGCAGCCACAACAAGCAGUCCACUGCGACUGCGGAAUCGAUUCAACAGCGUAUAAGCGAGCGAAUCAGUAAACGGGACAACAUUUGGAGAAUUCCAAAAGGACCUGCUGAAACACCAGCGGGAAUACACAAACAAGCUAUAGCAGAAAGCAAUUUGAACAAAGGACAACUGAACAACGAAGAUCAAGUGAACAAGAUUGAAUUCGAAAAAUUAUGGAAGAAGAUGAAGGAAACCUCGAAGAAUUCGUCCGGUGGUCUGUUUGAUGAGCGUGAUAUCCAAAAUUUUGUGCAAGUCCCACGCCAACGCACCGGCCAGCAAACUAAGCAAUUGGUUGAAUAUCAGUGUUCAAAAUCGAAUUUGGAAGCAACUACACCAGAAGAAGCGCAACAAAUCUCUUCAAAUAACAGAAUUAUACAGGACAACAAUCGAGAGUAUGCUAGGACAAGAAGUGGGGACAAUCGAAAUGAGGUUUCAACACAAAUGUUGCCCAUUAGUGAAACUAGUCAACUGUCUAGCAUUAUUGUACCUGCCCCGACCAGUCUCCCAAAACCACCGCUGCAAUGGCAAAGGAUGGAUCAAUGUGCUGGACCAGCGGUCGAAACAAGCCCUUUCAAAAACAACGACAUUUCAAAAGCACCGACACAAAUGAAUGGCAGCUUAAACCCGAGCGUAUUUUUUGCGCAGUUUGCCAAUGCGGCCCAGCAGCAAGUCGCAUCUAUGAUGGCAAAUCCACUGCAACCCGUUGGUUUUAGGUCACCCUUAAUGCGUGCUCCGUCACAUGUGUCGCAACAACAACAACCGUUUAGUGUGAUGAGCGCGCAAUCCGCGUUCGUACCUGCCGUGCCGAACAUGCACCAUUCGGCGUUUGGUGCAUUUCAGCCACCUACGAUGAUAGCGCCGCCGACAGCAAGAAAUCACAUACGACCUCCGAUGCCAUUUUCCAACCGAAACGAACCCAUACCUAGACCACCAUAUGUUGGGACUCAAAGUGUUCCAUUCCAACAACAUCUCGGAAACGCUCGGGAAACUGAAAUAAUGACGAUGCAACAGUAUCCCACCACUUCUCGGGGUCCAAAAGGUCCUCAGAAUUUAAGCUACAACCGUAACAAUCCUGCCGGUAAUGGGGCGUUUGUGCCUCUUCAAGUGAUGAAAAAGACUGGUAGGACAGGAAAUGUGACAACCGGUGGCAGCGUUACAAAUGUCGACGGACUGAUGGAUAAAAGUUUAGUUGAUAGAGCACAAAGCGAUGGACUUCCGUCUAGUUCGAACACCAAAACGACUCUGCCUCCGACUGCACAAACGAUCUCAUCUACGCCUGCGAAAAAUGGGAACAGCUUUAAUGAAAAAAAUGCUCGUCGAAGACAAGAAGUUGAACUCAAACAAGCCGAAAUGAAGCAAGGAUUCACCACCUUUCUAUCACAAAAGAAUAGACACAACAAUACAUCUAAUAAAAAUGCACUAACCAGAGAUGAAAAAAAGGACAUCGUUAUUGUUAAGAAUGACGCAAUUAAACCAAAGACUCGCAUAGCCGCCAAGUUUGGCACUGAGUCUUAGGUUUUAACGGCCAUCAUGAUAUGUAAAAUAGUAACUUGAAUCUUGAAUUAAUAUGUAAAUUGCUUUCGAUAUACUUUAAGGUUUAAUGUUUCAAACACGGCUGUUCACGGUCGAUAAGACUAGAGUUAAAAUA